AUGAUGCUGGCGACGGCGCGUUGGCUCCACACGGUGGAAGACGUAGGAGAUCCGAGCAGUGCAAGCCUACCGGCCAAGUUCGUGGAGGACAUCAAACUCCAUCUGCAGGACGACGUCUGGAAGUUCCAAGACGCCAGGACACUGGCGCUGAGGCUCAUCUUGAAGAAGGAUGACAUUGGCCACGAGGACGACAGCUUGUCCUGGAUUGAUGAGAACGAGGAUUACCGCGAUGAUCAGUGGCACGACCCAACCACGACGAGGCACAACAGGAAGAGACUUCGGAGGAGUAUCAAGCACAGCAUGGAACGGAAGGCCCGGAGACUUCGUGGCCGGUGUUCUCUUCGCAAAGAACGCGAGGGCUAUGGAAAGAAGACCAGCUAUGGCAAGGAGGGCUAUGGCAAGUCCCGUUGGGGAAAAGGCAAAGGCUAUUAUGGCUAUGCGGAGAAGACCCUGGUGCAGAGCUUUAGCGAGGUGAACAUACUGAGGACUCCAACCAAGACCGCCCACUUCCAGCUGAGCAAGGAUGAGGCCCCGGUGAUCACCUCACCGGGACACCCCAAACAUGAGAAGCAGGUUCAGGAUGAGGAAGAGGAGCCCACUUCAGCAGCUCCUCUUGCAGCAACGAGACGGCUCAACUUCAAUUUUCCCACGGCGAUCUACAGUGAAGGUUAUUUGUGCCCGGCACUGUUGUCGGUAGACGGCGAUGAGCGGAGGGAAGUGAGUCCGAAGAUUCCAUCCACUGCAUCUGUAAGGACUCGAGAGCCAGUUUACGGCUGCAGCUCUGUCUGCGUGGUCACUUUGAACAUCAAGGAGGACGAGUUCUGCAAGAAGCUCAACGUUGUCACGACCGGAGAAGUUGCGGCCGCCAUACAGACCAGCGUGCUUCCAGGACAGCUCCGCGGCUGGGACGUCCGCAACCACGCUCAGGAGGCAUCCUUGUGCGAAACGCAACGAGGCGACGAGCUCUUCUACUCGAGCCUUGCUGCCUCGUAUCGUUUGCAGGUGGACCGGGACUUCUUCGAGUUGGAAAAGCAUCUCGACAUGAACGACAAGGAACUCCUCAACGACCUUGCUCAACCUCAACGCAUGCUCAAUAACGCAGCCAUUCGUGUGCAUGUCCGUGUUGGUUACGAGUGCCGCACCAUCGACGAUUGGGACUUCGUCGACGCGGUCAAAGUUUCUAUUUUGGUUCACUGGCGUGCCAGCAUCGUCCCCUGCGGCAACUCCGACUUCUACCUCUACAACGACCUCUACAACUAUGUGCUUCGGCGGCCACCUCAACUACAUCGCCUCAUCAUCCACGAAUGGCCGUGCCAGGGGAAAGCCGCAACCCCAGAGUCUUCCGAGAGCUUUGCGCUUUCCCUUGAAGUGGCUUCCUCAUGUUUCGAGGAGCAAUCAGCUUUCAAGGUUCAGGACACUUGCCCUGCAGGAUGUUCGUGGCAAAGCUUGUCGAUGGCCUGCAGGGCAAGCGGAUGCCACAUUCAGACCGGUGAGGAUUUGGAGACUACCUUCCGGACAGUGCUGGUUCAGACUUAUGCCAGCUUUAAGGAAGCACAACUCGAGGCCCUUCUCGAAGCGAAACUCGCAGACGAGCUCUCGUUCUUCCACUGUGCCAGAUACUCGCUUGAAAGAGCAAAAGACUAUUGGAAAUGGUACCUUUACUGCCUGACGUUCCACAGCAGCGACUUUUCUACGGAUGGCCAGUCUUGGAACCAAUACCCGAGAAGCACGACAGUGGUGGCCCGGAUACCGUUGGACAUCGUAGACCUCGCUCUGCUUGCGAAAUUUCUGAACGCGCAGAUCACGGUGUCCAGGCUGAAUCAGCCUGCAUUGCGUCUACCCCCUGCAUCACGCGGUAUGGAAGAAGUCCACUCUCUACAUGUCGUGGUGCACAAAGGCCUUUGGGCUCCGGUGCUAUCAACUCUCGAUUGGGUGUCGUGUCGCAUCGACAGGAGUGCUCGCGUGGGGAGUGUAGUAGAAAUCCACGACAACGUGCCCUCACACAUUGAGGGCUUUGCAGGCUUGCUUGCUUGCGUGAAUUCCUUCGACGAGGUCGAGGGUUGCUACACAGUUUGCAAUGGCCUCCACCAGAUUCCACUACACAGUACGCAGAUACGGCGUGUUCUGAGCCGUUCGGCUGACCUGAUUCGGCGAUCCACUGAAGUUAGCCACGAUGUUGCGCUGGGGAUCCCCUCACGUUGGUAUUUGCCCGGCGAGGCACCGGCUCUGCGUGGCAUUCCGGACUCUUCCUUGGAGUUUCAGCUCCUGUUGCAGAUGGUCUUGGGCGAUGUGGGCAGGCGGCUGCGCAACAUGCGCGAGCGGCUGGCUGGCAGGCCAGUCCGGGAUGAGCCUCUGACCUUGGAAGAUCCGGCCGCUUUGGGCGCGAAGGAGUUCGAACUGCUGCGACACCGGCCGCCAACUCCUGGAGAGCCCUGCCCCUCCUGCCUUUCCUUGCCUUCAGUCGAGCAGCUAUUGAAAGGUGGUGCACGCAUUUGGACGCGUUGUCCUGGCUCCGUGAAUGGAGGCCUCUUCCACCUCAACCGCCAGGAUUUUGUUUGUCUCGUGGCCACCAUCCUUCGUGAAGAUGGCUCCCUUCUCUUUCAAGCCCACACGUCCACCAAUCAGCGGCUGGUGGAAAUUCCAGGUGACUCUCUUUGCCUGUGGAUGGCCACUCAAGAUUUCGAUCCUCCCUUGAAAUGGCGUAACCUCCGAGAAUUUCUUCAAGUUUGGCAAGGAGAGUCCCUCGUCAUGAUCGAGCGGCAUCAUAAGUGGGACGGUUGGGGCAAGAUGCGUCGCCUGGAGCAGGAGGGCAGCGACUCUGUCGGGCUCGUCGCAUUGAAGUAUCUCGUGCCCUAUGUGUGGGUGGGAAAGCUCGAGGAGCCAGUCGGAGGUCCGGUUGAGCUUUUCUUGCUCUGCGCCAAAGAGUGGUUUGGUGGCGGAUUCAAGAACGACUGCUUUGCCAACUUGGCGAAGCGCCGAAGACGAGGUGAAGGCAAGCACUUGCCCAGCUGGAAGGACACUUUGCUCUUCGAUGCUGUCGUGGCCACCAAUGCCGCCAGUCAGAAUCUGCUGUUGCACGAGGCCAAGACUCUCACUUCAGAGCUUGCGGACCUUGAUGCGGAGGAGCCUCGCAGAGACUUGCUCGCUGAUGAGACGAUUGGGGCAAGUCCAUCUCGCCCUCGGCUCGGGGUGUAUCUCUUGCUGGCUGCUUCCCUGGGUGACGAUGUUGCACAGACAGACGGAGCGAACAACGGCCACUGGGAGAGACGAUGGCUUUGGGACCUGCGAGGACUCGUUGCAGGCUUCUCCGAGAACUUGUCCAUUCUGGAGGCCGUACUGUCGGCUCCUACUUUGGGUACACGACUCGCAUUCUCAGUGAUAGCACUUGAUGCUGUUCCUGAGCUCCUGCAGGCCAACCGGGAUUACAACUAUGACCGAGACAACAUCCUGUACAUCAGGUUCCACACAACCGACCAUGACUGGGGCAUCUUUUCCUUGAACACCAUCCAGGCACCCUCUUAG